AUGGCCGCCCCCGCAGAAGUCACCAUCAAGAACCUCAGUGGAGAAUGGAUGAUGGAGAAAUCCAUCUCCGAUCCUACUGAUCCCGUUCUCUCAUUGCAAGGCGUCGGCUGGGUAACCCGCAAAGCCAUCGGACUCGCCAGCGUGACACUCAAGGUGACGUCGUACGCCGACGCCCAAGACGCCAAGGUCUUGCACGUCGAUAUCGACCAGAUCGUCACGGGCGGUCUCAAAGGCACCAGCGAGAAGCGCCAGACGGACUGGACUGACCGCGAGCACACCGACCAUAUCUUCGGCAGGCUCCAAGGCCGGUCGCGGCUGCUGCGCGGCUCCAAGGGCGACGACAGCAAGGUCCGCCCGGACGUCGAGGUCUAUACCAAGAUCGACGAUGCCAAGGUGAAGCAGUUUCUGCGGGGCGAGAUCCUCGCGGACGGGAGCGCGUCCGAGGGCUUCCUCGUCGAUAAUGUCGGGGAGGAGUAUGGGGAGGGCGAGGGACUCUGGCUGCAGAGCUGGGUGGUGAACCAGGAUAGUGGAUACGGCUGGACCGCGGAACAGAUUUGGGGCUUCGAGACUAUCAACGGCAAGCGGUAUCACACUCGCCGCGUGGUGGUGGCCAAAGACGGCAAGUACCAGAUGGCCCGUCUUGUCUAUGACUUUGUCAAGAAGUCGGAGUAA